AUGUCAAUUUCCCAAGACGAUUCAGUGACGCCCAUCCGGUGGAGCGGUUCUCUUAUGAUAUUAUUAUCUGAAAAUUUCAGAGUAACCGCCGAGGCAGGAUUCGAACGAUUCGUACAACAUUGGGAUCUGGAACAGAAGCUCAACUUCCUACCGAAACGAGUCAUCGACGAGAAGCAACAACAACGUCAGCAACCCGUCGUACUUCGAAAACGGCGAAACCGCGUGCGUCCCAACGUAAAUUGGCGUCUAUUCGCUUAUCAAUUCUCGAAAGAUCACUCACAAGCGGAUUUGAUUUGGAAUGAAAAGACGAGAGAAGAGUUCCGUCAUUCGAUGGAAAACGAGGAAAGAGCUCUGUCGAGUGAGAAGGAGCAAGCGCCGACGGGACUCCCCAUCGCCUGGAAUCAUACGGAAUUUCAGAUUCGUUAUCCGUCGCUUUUGGAGGAGAUUAAGAUUGGAGAUUACUAUUUGAGACUUUUGUUGAUUGAGGCUGAUGAGAAUGCGACCCCGAUUCAUAAUCCUCUGGAAUUCUUCAACAACGUCUAUCACCGCUUCCUUCUCUCCACAAAAACCGAUAUGAAAUGUCUGUGUCUCCGAGCGAUGGCUAUCACUUAUUCCCGUCAUCACAUGACAAUCGGUCCCUUCCAAGACGCCAAACAUUUUGUCGAAAUGCUUCAAAAAUGUGCGAAUCCGUUGGAACGAGACCAUCUGGUGCUGCUGUUGUCAAAGUUGUCACUGAAUAAGGAUAAUGUCAGAGAACUCAUCAUUGCGAAUAUCCUUCCGUUGUUAGUCGAUCUCUGUGUAUUGGCUCAUUUACACGUGCAAAGAGCAAAAGUACAGAAUCAGACGAAUGUCAUCGAAGCGUCGGCUGAACAAAUGUCAGAAGGAGGAUCCGAAGAGUGGUAUUAUCACGAUAAGGAGGCGAAACAAGUCGGACCACUAUCCUUUGAGAAAAUGAAGAAUCUGUUCACCGAGAAGACAAUCUUCGAGAAAACUCAGAUAUGGGCAGCUGGAAUGGACAAAUGGAUUAGUUUGGCGGCGGUACCGCAAUUCCGAUGGACGGUUUGUCAGCAGAAGGAUCAACCCAAUGAGAUCAACACUGGGAAGGGACCAUUCCAGGCGACGGUUCUGAAUUUCACGGAUUUGAGUGUGCUCUGUCUGGAUACGAUUCUGCAAAUGUGUGAAUUCUUCCCGUCGAGAGACUCUCACGACUGUGUCGUCCGCCCGAUGCCAUCCGUCAAAAAGCAGCUAACCGAACCGGUGCUCCUCUACCAACUCGUCCAACUUCUGCUCACCUACGAGCCACAAAUCGUGCAACGCGUCGCUUCCCUUCUGUUCCUUGUAAUGCAAGACAAUCCAUUCCUUCCACGUCUCUAUCUCUCGGGUGUCUUCUAUUUCAUUCUGAUGUACAAUGGAUCGAACGUCCUUCCAAUCGCCAGAUUCCUCCACUAUACUCACAUGAAACAAGCCUAUCGAUCGACGUUACCUCAUCUGGAUAGUACUAGACAAUCGAUUCUGGCGACGUUGCUUCCAGAAGCGGCAACAUUCUAUCUGGAACAAUACGGUGCUGAAAAGUAUGCGGAGGUGUUUUUAGGCGAAUUCGACAAUCCGGAAAUCAUUUGGAACACUGCGAUGCGACGUCAUCUGAUUGAGAGAAUCGCCGUUCACGUCGCCGACUUCUCGCAUCGUUUGACGUCGAACGUUCGAGCGUUGUAUCAGUUUUGUCCGAUUCCACUCAUCGAUUAUCCAGAAUUGACACAGGAAUUGUUCUGUCAUGUAUAUUAUCUCAGGCAUCUGUGCAAUACGCAGAGAUUCCCAGAUUGGCCGAUUCGAGAUCCGAUUCCAUUCCUCCGCUCGUGCCUGGCGACAUGGUAUAACGAGUUGGAAAAGAAGCCGGCGACAAUGUCUGUCGACGUGGCUUGCGAGAUUCUCUCCGUCGAUUUGACGAACGAAGAGCACCGCAAUCCCAGAUUCAUCCGUCGUCAAUACUUCAAAUUGGCCACCAAAUAUCACCCCGACAAGAAUCCAGAAGGCCGUGAUAUGUUCGUACGAAUAAAUGAUGCAUACUUGUUGCUCACAUCUGAAUGUGUCUCCAAAUCCAAUACGCCAGAUUCCCAUCGAAUCGUUUUGUGUCUACAAGCUCAAUCGAUUAUAUAUAGUAGAUAUAGUCAAGAGCUCUCCGAAUACAAGUACGCCGGAUACUCUCAACUCAUUAAAACGAUCAAUUUGGAGGCGAAGGACGAUGCGUUAUUCAAUAAAGGGGGCGGAGACUUGCUAUCCGCUGCGAUUGAACUGGCUAAUUACACACUAAUUAGUAGUGCAUUGAAUGCAGAGCAAUUAAGAAGAGAUGGAGGGUUGGAGGCGUUGGUUACAGCGUUCGAUAGAUGUGUUCCAAUGGUUACGAUGAGUUCGACACCUGACGAUUUGUCUGUUCAAGUUUGUAUUCAUGUCUGUGAUUGUUUCGCGACGGCGUCAACUUUCGAGGCUUGUCGUCUGAAACUUGCAGAGAUGGUAUCGAUUUUUGGUGCACUUACACGUCUUCUACAGUUCUCUCACUUGCCGAGACUCUCAACAGCGGCGGCACAAUGUAUCUGCGCUAUGGCGGUCGAUGAGCUUUUGCAAUUCCAAUUAUUCCAAACUGGAGUGCUCUGGCAACUGGUCCCUCAUUUAUUCCAUUACGACUAUACACUUGAUGAGGGAGGUGUCCAGCACUCGGAGGACUCGAAUAAGCAGUCACUGGCGAAUUCGUUGGCGAGGAGCUCAACGGAAGCUCUAGCGGCCCUUGCGGGGUAUCGAGAGAAGACACCGGAUAAUGAUGGAGUGCAGAAGAGUCUGAGAGCUCUAUUGACACCUUAUAUCUGUAGAUGUAUGAGAGUGGAGACGAAUGAUAUGGUGUUGAAGACGUUGAAUAGUAAUCUGGAGAAUCCGUAUAUGAUUUGGGAUAACGGGACACGAGCCGAGGUGUUGGAGUAUGUGGAGAGACAUAGGACGUCGAAUGAGCCGAUGAGCGCACUGAUGGGAGCCGAGUUCGAAUUGUCAGUGCACAAGAACGAGUUGAUUGUUGGAGAUAUAUUCAUCAGAAUAUACAACGAGCAGCCGACGUUCGCACUUCAUGAACCGAAAAAAGUAGCCGUCGACUUGUUGGAUUACAUUCGAAAGCAUUCGGAUGAACUGAACGGAGUUCUGAAGCCAACGAAACCUUCUGACAAUUUGAUUGAAAUCGAUUGGGGAAACUCGCCAACGCAAACGAACGGAAACUCGUUGAGUACGGAUACCAAAGUGUUGAUGGUGAUGACAUCGUUGGCGAAUUUGGUUUCUGCUAAUCCAGGCGUCGAAAUCCUGCUCAUCGGCAACUUCCCUCUACUCAUCACAUAUCUCCGAUGCCGUAAAUACCCUCAACUCCAAAUCUCGGCCCUCCAAGUGAUUCUUCUCGCCGCCGCAAAUAAGGAAUGUGUGACUGAUCUAUCGACAUGUAACAUCACCACAACUCUAUUCACUCUCCUCCGAGAUCAACCGAAUAUCGUUGCUCGCGUGUUGGAUGUCCUUAUCGCGUUGUCCUCAAACGGACAAAUUGUCAAAGAGAUGCUGGAACACGGUGGUCUCAUGUAUAUACUGUCGAUUCUGUGUCUGACGAAUUCCGAUCAGGGACAACGACUACAGGCGGCUGAAUUGUUGGCCAAAUUGCAGGCGGAUAAGUUGACUGGACCCCGGUGGACACGAUUCAUUAUCAAGUUCUUGCCGGAGAUAUUUGCGGACGCGUUGAGAGAUUCGCCCAAUACUGCGUGA